AUGUCUAGCUGCAAAGCAGUCAAUACACAGAAGGCACCUCCUCCUCGGCCAUUCUACAACCAAGCAGUUGUUGCAAAUGGCUUUGUCUUUUGCUCUGGUCAGCUUCCGAAGGACGCCACCGGCAGGAUUGUCUCAGGGACCGUGCAGGACCGUGCGAACCAAUGCAUCAAAAAUUUGAAAGCAGUACUGGAAUCAGCCGGAUCCAGCCUUGAGAAAAUGGUCGAAGUUAAUGUUUUCCUGGCCGAUAUGGAAGAUUUCGAGAAGAUGAAUGAGACCUAUAUGCAGUGGUUUGGCGAGAUCAAGCCCGUUCGAACUUGCGUCGCCGUUAAGUCGAUCCCGGAAUAUACCGACGUUGAGAUGAAGUGCGUCGCGCUCCUGUGA